CCGGGGGGGGGGAAUAUGGAUGGUUUACAAAGAGCUGGAAAUCCCAGCAAAAGAAUAGGGAAUAUUAGCAGCAUAGGAAGGAGUAUAAGCAGAAGCAGCAGGAUCAUUGAAGAUGCAUUUUCAGCUUCCAUGCACUCGAGCCGAAGUCGUAGAGUCGACGAUGACGAAGAAGCUUUAAAAUGGGCUGCCAUCGAGAGGUUACCCACUUACGAUCGCCUUAGAACCAGCGUCAUGCAGUCGUUUGUGGAUCAUGAAAUCAUCGGGAAGAAGGUGGAACAUCGACAAGUUGAUGUUACAAAGCUUGACAUGAAUGACAGGCAGAAAUUCAUGGACAUGCUCUUCAAGGUUGCCGAGGAAGACAAUGAGAAGUACCUGAACAAGUUCAGAAACAGGAUUGAUAGGGUUGGUAUCAAACUACCAACAGUGGAAGUGAGGUUUGAGCGCUUGACGAUCGAAGCCGAUUGCUACAUUGGCAGCAGAGCUCUUCCUUCUCUUACCAACGUUGCUAGAAACAUUGCGGAAUCGGCUCUCGGCUUGCUCGGAAUCAAAUUGGCAAAGACAACAAAUCUCACCAUUCUUAAAGAUGUCUCUGGCAUUGUAAAACCAUCAAGGAUGACACUCUUACUGGGGCCACCUUCUUCUGGGAAGACGACCCUUUUGCUGGCUUUGGCGGGCAAGUUGGAUGAAAGCUUAAGGCUUAAAGGACAUGUAACAUACAACGGAUAUAGACUUAAUGAAUUUGUUCCUAAGAAAACAUCUGCAUAUAUCAGUCAAAACGAUGUUCAUGUCGGAGAAAUGACAGUUCAAGAAACCUUAGAUUUCUCUGCAAGAUGUCAGGGUGUUGGGACUCGAUAUGAUCUUAUGAAAGAGCUUGCUAGAAGGGAAAAAGAAGCAGGAAUUUUCCCAGAAGCUGAUGUUGACCUUUUCAUGAAGGCAACUGCCAUGGAAGGAGUUGAAAGCAACCUCAUCACUGACUACACUCUCAAACUUUUGGGGCUUGACAUAUGCAAGGAUACCAUUGUUGGAGAUGAGAUGCACCGUGGAGUUUCUGGUGGACAAAAGAAAAGAGUAACAACAGGGGAAAUGAUUGUCGGUCCAACCAAGACACUUUUCAUGGAUGAAAUAUCAACCGGUCUCGACAGUUCCACAACAUACCAGAUAGUCAAGUGUUUGCAGCAGAUUGUGCACUUAACCGAGGCUACAAUAUUCGUGUCCCUGCUCCAACCGGCUCCGGAGACUUUCGAUUUGUUCGAUGACAUCAUCCUCUUGUCCGAAGGUCAAAUUGUUUAUCAGGGUCCACGUGAGCACAUUGUUGACUUCUUUGAGGCUUGUGGCUUCAAAUGUCCUGAAAGGAAAGGCACUGCUGACUUCUUACAAGAGGUCACUUCAAAGAAGGAUCAAGAACAAUACUGGGAAGAUAGAAGCAAGCCAUACAGAUAUAUUUCAGCCACUGAAUUUGCGAGCAGGUUCAAGAGCUUCCAUGUCGGAAUGCAGCUUCAUAACGAGCUCUCUGUGCCUUUCGACAAGUCGAGAGGACACAAAGCAGCAUUGGCUUUCCAAAAAUUCUCGGUCUCUAAAAUGGAACUUCUUAAGGCCUGUUGGGACAAAGAAUGGUUAUUGAUCAAGAGGAAUUCGUUCCUUUACGUGUUCAAAACUGUUCAAAUUAUCAUCAUGGCAGUCAUCGCUUCGACGGUAUUUUUCAGGACUGAAUUGAACACUAGGAACGAGCAAGAUGGUGCAACCUAUGUCGGUGCACUUAUAUUCGGAAUGGCCAUAAAUAUGUUUAACGGUCUGUCCGAGCUCUCCUUGAUGAUCAAUAGGCUCCCAGUGUUCUACAAACAAAGGGAUCUUCUAUUCCACCCAGCCUGGACUUACACUUUGCCCAGUUUCUUGCUCAGGGUUCCAAUAUCAAUUCUUGAAUCUGUUAUUUGGGUCGCAGUGACAUAUUACACUAUCGGAUUUGCACCAGAGGCCAGCAGAUUUUUCAAGCAGCUUCUGCUGGUGUUUCUGACACAACAAAUGGCGGCCGGGCUCUUUAGACUCAUCGCCGGAUUAUGCAGAACAAUGGUCAUAGCUAACACUGGAGGGGCUCUUACGCUUCUCCUUGUGUUCUUGUUGGGAGGCUUCAUUGUUCCUAAACGUGAGAUUCCGAAUUGGUGGGAAUGGGCUUACUGGGUUUCACCAUUGAGUUAUGGUUACAACGCCUUCACUGUGAAUGAACUAUUCGACCCGAGGUGGAUGGACAAACUGGCUUCGGACAAUGUCACGCGGUUGGGGGUACAACUGCUUAGAAACUAUGAUGUUCCAAAUAAUGAAAACUGGUAUUGGAUUGGAGCAGGUGUUCUUUUAGGGUUCACAGUGCUCUUUAACGUUCUCUUCACCUUCGCCCUCACCUACCUAAACCCCAUUGGAAAGCCGCAAGCUGUAAUUUCCGAGGAAACCGCAGAAGAACUAGAGGCUAACUAUGAAUGUACGGAGGGAGAACCAAGGUUAAGGAGACCUGAAUCGAGCAAAGAUUCGUUCCCACAAUCACUCUCUACUGCAGAUUCACUUAAUUCAAAAGAAAUAGAAAUCCAAAGAAUGAGCAGUCGGACCAAUCCCAAUGGAAUGAGACAGAAAGAUUCUUCACUUGAUGCAGCCAUAGGUGUUGCUCCCAAGAGAGGAAUGGUUCUUCCUUUCACUCCUCUUGCAAUGUCCUUCGACACUGUCAAUUACUAUGUAGAUAUGCCACCGGAAAUGAAAGCACAAGGAGUUGCAGAAGACAGAUUACAACUACUUCGAGGAGUAACGAGUACGUUUAGGCCAGGAGUGUUGACUGCAUUGAUGGGAGUCAGUGGAGCUGGAAAGACAACAUUGAUGGAUGUUUUAGCAGGAAGAAAAACCGGUGGAUAUACCGAGGGUGAUAUACGAAUAUCUGGUUUCCCCAAGGUCCAAGAGACCUUUGCUAGAAUUUCUGGAUACUGCGAACAAAAUGAUAUUCACUCACCUCAAGUUACUGUCAAAGAAUCCUUGAUUUACUCCGCUUUCCUACGCCUACCCAAAGAAGUCAGCAAUGACGAAAAGAUGACUUUUGUGGAUCAAGUGAUGGAACUGGUCGAACUCAACAACCUUAAAGAUGCUAUAAUAGGGCUGCCAGGAAUCACAGGGUUGUCCACCGAGCAAAGAAAGAGGUUAACAAUUGCAGUAGAACUCGUUGCUAAUCCCUCAAUCAUUUUCAUGGAUGAACCAACAUCCGGCCUCGACGCAAGGGCAGCGGCCAUUGUCAUGAGGACUGUUCGAAACACGGUGGAUACUGGACGAACAGUUGUCUGCACUAUUCAUCAGCCUAGUAUCGAUAUCUUUGAAGCCUUUGAUGAGUUACUACUGAUGAAAAGAGGAGGUCAGGUGAUAUACUCUGGACCGUUAGGACGAAAUUCUCAUAAGAUUAUCGAAUAUUUCGAGGCAAUCCCUGGAGUUCCCAAAAUUAAAGACAAGUACAAUCCAGCUACAUGGAUGCUAGAAGUGAGCUCUAUAGCAGCUGAAGCUCGAAUCGGAAUCGACUUUGCUGAACACUAUAAAUCUUCAUCCUUAUACGAGAGAAACAAGGCCUUAGUAAUGGAGUUAAGCACACCGCCUGUAGGAGCUAUAGACCUUUAUUUUGCCUCUCAGUACUCACAAUCCGCAUGGGGUCAAUUCAAAUCAUGCCUUUGGAAACAAUGGUGGACUUAUUGGAGAAGUCCAGACUAUAACCUUGUUAGAUACUUCUUCACUUUAGUUUCCUCCCUCAUGGUCGGUACCGUAUUUUGGCAGGUCGGCACUAAAAGGGAUACCACAACCGAUCUUAUGAUGAUAAUUGGGGCAAUGUAUGCUGCAGUCAUGUUUGUCGGAAUUGCUAACAGCUCAACGGUACAGCCGAUUGUAGCCACCGAAAGAACGGUGUUUUAUCGCGAACGAGCGGCUGGGAUGUAUUCUGCACUACCGUAUGCCCUGGCGCAGGUUAUAUGUGAAGUACCGUACGUAUUAUUCCAAACAUCGUAUUAUACGUUGAUAGUGUAUGCAAUGGUGGGAUUUGAAUGGACUGCAGCAAAGUUCUUCUGGUUCUUCUUUGUCAACUUCUUCUCCUUCCUUUACUUCACUUACUAUGGAAUGAUGACAGUUUCCAUCACUCCCAACCAUCAAAUAGCAGCUGUAUUCGCUGCCGCCUUCUACUCUCUCUUCAAUCUCUUCUCGGGCUUCUUCAUUCCAAGACCGAGAAUUCCCAAGUGGUGGAUCUGGUACUACUGGAUUUGCCCCAUGGCAUGGACAGUUUACGGGCUCAUUCUUUCCCAAUAUGGAGAUAUUGAAGACACCAUAAAAGCGCCUGGUAUUGUGCCCGAUCCCUCUGUUAAAUCGUAUAUUAAAGAUCAAUACGGAUACGAGUCGAACUUCAUGGGACCGAUUGCCGGAGUUUUGAUCGGCUUUGCAGCCUUCUUUGCCUUCAUGUUUGCCUACUGCAUAAAGAGGCUCAACUUCCAGACCAGAUAAUUUUCAAGUUUUAUACACUCAAACUUCCA